AUGUAUGUAACGGUGUUUCGUUCCUUUGAGCAGGCGAUGACAAGCAUGUGCUUGUCACCAGCAGCCAAUUCUGGAUGGAAUGACGAUCCGUGGCACUGGCAAAUUCCCAUACACAGCCUAGUGCAACAGGUUCAUGCGUGA